AUUUGGUGAAUUUUGCAAAGAUGAUACAGCUGUUGUUAGUGGUGAUAGUAAUAAUUUUAAUGGUGAUAAUGUAAUUGGUGAAGUUGCUUUAGAAAGUGAUGAUUCUUCAAUAGAAGAUGAUGAUAAUUUUUUUGAAGGAGAUAAUGAAAUUGAUGAUUCUUUUGAAGUUUAUAUAGCUCCAUAUUUUCAGGUGACCAUUUGUAUCAAAAGGAAAUCAAAUUUAAACGCUAAUUCACCUAUACUAGAAGAUAAAUGA